GCCUUGAGUUAGACCCAGAGAGACAUACAUCUGAUAUACAGACAUGAAUCUUCUCACAUUUCUUUUUGUGGUGGGCUGCUGUUGUACUCUUAAAACAAAUGCCUUAGCAGAAGAAGAGAGUCCUGGGAGAAAGUUCAUUCUUGAUUCAAUUGAGGAAGCAAAAAAAAUGGUGGAUGCUGCCUACAAAUAUUCCCGUGAUGAGAGUUUAGCAAGGGUGCGCAAGGAUGUCAUCAAGCCUUCGGACAAACUGCGUCUCAUGAAACAGCCAGCUCGAAAAACCCGCGAGGCUGUGAGAGCCGCAGAUUACAUGGAGCAGACGCUUAUACUGAUCAAUGAGAAGGCUCAUCAUGCACACAAGAGGUCCAUCAAUGCUACAAGCCUGCUCACUCCAGACGAGCUUAACACCAUCAAGCGUCUGACAGGCUGUGCUGCUCAAACACAGCCCCCAUCUUGUAGGACCACACCCCUCAUAAACAAGUAUCGAACUGCCUCCAAUGUUUGCAACAACAGGAGGAAUCCUCUCCUUGGUGCAUCCAACACCCCUUUUACCCGCUGGCUGCCAGCAAAGUAUGAGGAUAGCAUCUCACAGCCCAAAGGGUGGGAUCCAAACACAUUGCACAAUGGUGCAUUACUGCCCCUGGUCAGACUGGUUUCCAAUCGUAUUCUAAGCACUGCGGAUGCUGACGUAGAGAAUGAUACUGACUUCACCUUCAUGCUCACCAUCUUUGGACAGUGGGUUGACCACGAUCUGACUCUUACGCCCACCUCACCAAGCAUUAGGUCUUUCAGCAAUGGCCUCAACUGUGAUGAGAGCUGUGAGCGCUCCGAACCUUGCUUCCCAAUUCCGAUCCCGAAGGAAGAUCCACGUCUGAGUCCUGACACCUGUCUCCCCUUCUUCCGUUCAUCACCUGCUUGUGGUUCUGGGAACACCGCCUUUAUCUUUGGUGGUGUCCCAAAAGUCCGAGAACAGAUCAACGCUCUAACAGCUUUUCUAGAUGCUGGGCAGGUUUAUGGGGCAGAGGACGGGCUAGCAAAAGAGCUGCGUGACCUGACCAAUGAUGGUGGUCUGCUACGUGUCAACAAACAGUUCCUUGACAAUGGGCGAGAGCACCUGCCCUUUACCAAUGUACAGAGCAAAAUUUGUGCCACGCGUGGGAAAAUCCUCAAUGACACAGACUUGACAGAGGUGCCUUGCUUUAUUGCAGGGGAUGGUCGUGUUAUAGAGAACAUUGCUCUUACCUCAUUGCAUGCACUUUUCAUGAGGGAGCACAACCGAUUGGCUCGUGCCCUUCACAUACUCAACCCUAGUUGGAGUAGUGAAACCCUCUAUCAAGAGGCACGAAAGAUUGUGGGUGCCUACCAACAGAUACUGGUGAUUAAGGAAUACCUGCCACACAUUGUUGGCCCUGAUGCUUACAAUAAACACCUUGGCCAGUAUCCAGGGUAUGAUGAGAAUGUGGACCCUAGCAUUGCUAAUGUCUUUGCCACUGCAGCUUUCCGUUUUGCCCACCUGGCCAUCCAACCCAUCAUAUUUCGUCUUGAUGAAAAUUACCAGAACCAUCCUCAAUUUCAAAACGUGCCCCUCUAUGAGGCCUUUUUUGCUCCUUGGAGGGUGAUCUUUGAGGGUGGCGUGGAUCCUCUGCUCCGAGGAUUGAUCGGUCGGCCAGCAAAACUUAACACACAGGAUCACAUGAUGGUGAAUGCUCUUAGAGAGAGGCUGUUUGCUUUUACUAGCCACAUUGCUUUGGACCUGGCUGCCCUCAACAUGCAAAGAAGUCGUGACCAUGGUAUACCAGGUUAUAAUGCAUGGCGGCAGUUCUGUGGACUGUCCACACCUCAGAAUGAGCAAGAAUUGGCUGUGGUGAUGAACAACACUGAAUUAGCUCGCAAGCUGAUUGAGCUUUACAAAACCCCUGCGAACAUUGACGUUUGGUUAGGAGGCAUCGCUGAGCCUUUUGUACCUGGUGGUCGUGUUGGUCCACUUUUUGCUUGUCUUAUCUCUACACAGUUCCAGCACAUCCGCCAGGGCGACAGGUUAUGGUGGGAGAACAAAGAAGUGUUCACAACUAAACAAAAAGCCUCACUUGCCUCUGUGUCUCUGGCCCGCAUCAUCUGUGACAACUCAGGAAUUCGUAAUGUUCCCAAUGAUCCUUUCCGCUUCAGCAGUUCUGCAAGUUUUGUUAGCUGUGACAAUAUCCCAGCCUUUGACCUCACCCCUUGGAUUGAGACUGAUAUCGAUACCAUUCAAGGGCCUCCCGGACCCAGAGGACCUCCAGGGGAACAAGGUCCCCAAGGUCUAGCAGGCCCACCUGGACCUCAAGGACCACCCGUUAAUACCACAAGACAACAGUCUGCCUUCUUUGCUUCCCUUGGCACAGUCCUCCCGGCCUCUGCUAAAGUUGUUGUGUUCAGUAAGGUCCUUUACAAUGGCCAGAACCAUUAUAACCAAACAACAGGGUUGUUCCACUGCAAUAUAUCUGGUGUAUAUGAAUUUCAUUUCUCAUGCAUAGGAACUAAAACGUUGGGCACUGUGACCUUAAAGAAAAACCAAAUUGUACAGCUGACUGCUGAAACAAUCAAUCUAAAUGUACGAACAUUAGCUGAAGGGCAGGUAGUUCUGACACUUCAGACAGGAGACCGUGUGUGGAUAGAGACUUCUCAGGGUGCAAAUGGAAUAACCAGUUCCAGCUACUUCUCUGGCCAUAUUCUCUUCGCUGAGUGAAGAAUCUAUUACAACAUCAAUUUCGAAAAAGUUGGGAUAGUAUGAAAAAUGCUAAUAAAAACAAAAAUGAGUCAUUUGUAAAUUAUAAUCACCUUUUGCUAUAUUGAAAGAUCAUCAACUACACAUUAUAUGUUUUACCUUGUGAAUUUCAUUUUCAAUGGUAAUUAAUUAUUUCUUAAUGUACAGUAAUUUCAAAUCAGAUUAUUGCAAUACACUCCAAAAAAAUUGGGUCUGUCGAGUGUUUACCACUGUAAAACAUCACCAUUUCUUCUAAUAACAAUUAUUAAACAUUUAGUUUGUUAAGUUUAGAAAGUGGAAUUUCCCCCCAUUCAUCCAUUAUGUAAGUCUUUAGCUGCACAAUUGUACAGGGUCUUCAUUGCCAUCUAAUGCGCUUAAUAAUGCGCCACGCAUUCUCAAUUGGAGACAGGUCAGGACUGCAGGCAGGCCAAUCUUGCACCCGCACUCUCUGUUCACAGAGCCAUGCACUUGUAAUCCAGGCAGUAUGUCUGCAUUAAUGGUGCACCCACAGAUGUGCGAGUUACCCAUGCCAUGGGCACUGACACACCCCUGGCCCAUACAGACACUGACUUUUGGACCUGACGCUGAUAACAACUUGGAUGGUCCUUUUCCUCUUUGGCCCGGAUAAAACGACGCCUGUGUUUUUCAAAAACGUUUUGAAAUGUGGAUUCUUUAGACCGAAACACAGUUCCACUGUUCUUCAUUUCAUCUAAGAUGAGACUGAGCCCCUUGAAUUCGGCAGGACUUCUGGACAGUGAUGAUGUAGGGCUUCUGCUUUGCAUAGUAAAGUCUAAAGGUUAUUCCAAGCCCAUGUUCACAAUAUUCAUUAUAGAUUAAUGCUUUUUAAGAGCGGGAUUAGAGAUCACAUGCAUUCAGAAGUGGUUUUCAUCUUGCCCUUUACGAACCGAGAUUUGACCUGAUUUCUUGAAUAUUUUAACUAUAUUGUGCACUGUAGAGGGUGAAAUACCCAAAAUCCUUCCAAUUUGUCUUUGGGGAACAUUGUUCUCAAAGUGCUGGAUUAUUUGCUGAAGCAUCUGUUGGCAAACUGACAAAUCUCGAAUGAUCAUUGCUCUUGAAGGACUUGGCUGUUUUUGGAGGCUCCUUAUAUACUAUAACAAGAUUGCCUCACCUGUUUAACAUCUCCUGUUUCCCAUUGCCUUGUUAUUUCAACCCGUCAAAUUGUUAGUAGUCUUAAAUUGCCCCUGUCUAAAAUAUUUUGGAGCGAGUUAGAAUAAUCAGAUUUUAAUUUUCUGUACAUUUUCGAAAAACGGUUAAAACAUCGUAUUAUGUGUAGUUGUGGUUCUUUCAAUAUAGCAAAGGGUGAAUAUAAUAUACAAAUCACUCCUUUUUGUUUUUAUUAGCAUUUUUCAUACUGUCUCAGCUUUUCGGAAUUGGGGUUGUAUGUAAAAUAUUGUUUUCAUUUUAUAUUCCGAAGUUUCUUAUUUAUAAAAACAGCAAGUAAAUGCUUUAUAUCCUGUUUUAAUCUAGCUUGAAUACUCUGAGAUCAUUGCAUAAUAUUACAAUGUAACUUAUGUUACAACUUUGAAUUCUUUGUUUAUUUGAAUAGCAAGAAAAAUAUUUAUCAGAAAAUAAAUGUUAUAACCAGAGUAAAAUCCUUUGCACUAAACCGAACAGUGGAAGCCUACAAAAUGCUAAUUAUAUAUUCAAUUUAAUAUGUGAUUGCAUAUCUGGAGUUUUAUUGUCACCAAAUAUGAGUCUAGUAUAGUAUAGAAUUUAGUAUAGAAACAACAAAUUUAAGGGUUCAUCGAUACUCAUUAUGUUUUGUAGCAUUAUUUAAUGCUAAACUAUAGUCAUUAUUAUUUAUUAGCAUUCUUCUAACUUGACAUGGACUAGCUAGUAUAUUUUAUGUAUGCUGGUUUUGUUGUCAUAUUGCAACUAAAUAUUUUGUGGUCCAUUCUGUUAAAACGUUUUUGUGUAUGCUUUUAACAAAUUGAAAUAAAAAAAAUAUUUAU